AUGUCUCAUUCCUCGUUCGCGACCUUCGACCCGCUUGCAACUCACCCCUUUACCAACAACUCUGGGGUUCUACCAAAGCCUACGCCACCAUCGCAGUACCCGCACCCUGUCCCCUCGACGUUGACUGUGACCACCGCCAAACCGCUGGCGGGUUCACAGCACCAGCCAUCAUUACACGCACCUCAGCCCAAGCGUCCCUCAGCGAGCAACGCAAAAUAUGGGUCGAAGUCCAGUUCGGGCGCGCCUCGACCCAUCUUCGUGCCUUUUCGGCCGGAGCGCUCUUCCCCGGAGCUCGACGACAUCUUGCUGAAGAAGAAGGUGCAGGAUGCCUUCGCGAAUAAGGGCACGUGGAGCAUUGAUCAGGCGCAGGUGCCCCUGCCCGCCGCAGCGACCCCCAUGACUGCAGGCGGGGACAAGACGCGCUGA